UGAUUGGCUGAGAGCGGACGGGUGUAGGUACCACGGGCGCAGGAGAUCCACACCGGAGCAUCUGCACUAGCUACCAUGAAGUCAAUAUCGAGCAGACGAAGAAGAUGACAUAGCUUGAGGCUGUUAAUGAAGACGCGGAAUAAAUAAAUUCAACCGUUUUCUACCUGCACAGCACGUCCACUACACUUCCUCACCCAAGAGCGUUGUUAUUGUGCUGGACUGCCUUCGGGAAUUGCAUUUUCUCCCCAUAAUUAAAGGUAGCCAGGCGAAAGGGUUAGGAAAGAUCUGGAGCCGAAAUGGUGGUCGGCCUUUUCACUUCAGGGAAGCAGGUGUAGUUAGGGUUCGAGACGAGAUCGGAUAAAGUAGGAAGAAAAAUGUGCUGUGGCAGCAACCUUAGAUUUGGACCCACGAUGCUGGAAGCACGACUGUUCUUACUAUUCCUUGCUCUCUGCUUUGCUGCAAGGCCGUCGUUUUCUCGAGCACCAUAUGCUAUGCGAAUAAGCUGUGGAGCUCGUACGGAUGUUUCUAGUGCUCCUUCAAAUACUCGCUGGCACAAGGACUUUGCUUACACAGGCGGAAUUCCUGCUAAUGCGAAUUUUACGAGUUUCAUCAGCCCUAAACUUAGCACACUCCGGUACUUUCCUUUCAAUGAAGGUCCUGAAAAUUGUUACAAUAUAAAUAGGGUGCCCCAUGGUCAUUAUCUUGUGAGGAUAUACUUUGGCUUGCUUGCGGAACCUAGCUUCGACAAUGAACCUUUGUUUGAUGUGUCUGUCGAGGGAACCUUAAUUUAUUCUUUGCCAUCUGGUUGGAGCAACCAUGACGAUGAGCAAGCAUAUGUUGAAGCCCUUAUAUUUCUGAAGGAUGGAACUGCCUCUCUUUGCUUCCAUAGUACUGGACAUGGAGAUCCGGCGAUACUAGCAAUCGAAAUUCUUCAAAUUGAUAACAGAGCAUAUUAUUUUGGUAAAGGCUAUGGUCAAGGCACGAUUCUCAGGACGGACAGAAGGUUUAGUUGUGGCUCUCAAAGGCCAAAAUUUGGUGCUGAUUACAGCGCAGACCGUUGGGGUGGGGAUCGAUUCUGGAAUUCCCUUCCAACGUUUGGCCAGGGCUCUGAUCGAAUCAUAUCUACCCAAAAGAAAAUUACACAAACCUCACAAGCACCCAAUUUUUAUCCGGAGGCACUUUAUUUAAAUGCCCUUGUUAGUACGGAUGCUCAACCGGAGUUAGCGUAUACCAUGGAGGUUGAACCUACUAGAAAUUACUCCCUGUGGUUACAUUUUGCAGAAAUAGAUCCUUCAGUCACUGGUGCAGGACAAAGGGUGUUUGACAUUCUAAUUAAUGGUGAUGUUAUGUUCAAAGAUGUAGACAUUGUCAGUAUGGCUGGCGGCGUAAACAGUGCUCUUGUAUUAAAUACAACUGUUGUUGUUAGCGGCAGGAGCUUGACAAUUGCUUUGCAUCCUAAAAAAGGGAAUCAUGCCAUAAUAUGCGGUAUCGAACUUUUAGAGCUUGUGUUGGCCGAAUCCAAAACAUCACCAGAUGAAAUUAAAGCAUUGCAAAAGCUGAAGACUGCUCUUGGUCUUCCCCUUCGUGUUGGAUGGAAUGGUGAUCCAUGUGUUCCUAAACAACAUCCAUGGAGUGGAGUUGACUGUCAGUAUGACAGAAAUAUCAGCAAAUAUGUUAUUGAUGGAAUAGGGCUAGACAACCAGGGUUUGAAGGGUUUCUUGCCAAAUGAUAUAUCGAAACUGAGUCAUCUCCUGAGCAUAAAUUUGAGUGGAAACAGCCUAUCCGGUGUCAUCCCAUCUUCACUUGGAUCGGUUACUAGACUGGAGAUACUGGAUAUCUCAUUCAAUUCUUUCAACGGAUCCAUUCCUGAAAGCCUCGGACAGUUAACCACUUUACGGAUAUUGGACCUUAAUGGCAACUCUUUAUCUGGAAGGGUCCCGGCUGCACUUGGAGGAAGGCUAUUGCACGGCGCUAGCUUCAAUUUUACUGAUAAUUCUGGUCUCUGCGGCAUCCCUGGUUUACCUCCAUGCGGCACGCAUCUUUCUGCUGGUGCUAAAAUUGGAAUUGGAUUUGGAGCCUGCAUUGCAUUUCUACUCCUUGCCGUGUGCCUGACGUGUUGGUGGAAGAGGCGGCAGAAUAUUCUUCGAGCCCAGAGAAUUUCUGCGCGAGAUGCCCCAUAUGCAAAAGCCCGAACACACUUCAACCGCGACGUACAGAUGACUAGAAAUCAUUCCCACGAGCAUUCCAGAACUGCAGCUGAGAACGGACCUAGCCUGCUCGCCUAAUUGCUUCAAAGUAAUGGAAUGGAGGAUCAAUACACACACAUUUGUCGUCUUUGUGUUCGAUUAUUUAUACAGACAGACAGUGAGAGAUAGGGCAUUUCGCUCUCUUCCCUCAAAAGAUCUAUACUAUCUGGAGAUUGGAAACAGGUAGGUAUGUUGAUUGGUUGCAGAGGGAGGGAGGGAGGAACUGUAUAUUGCUGUAGUUUUGGCAGCUCUGAAACAUCAGACAUGUACAAGUUAUUGGUUCUGUAUGAGUUCCACUUCAUAACUUUAUAAUCGUAUGUAUUACUACUACUUACUAUGAUACAUAUUUGUCAAUAUCAUCCCCCAAAAGGGUAUUCUUGUCAA